UUUGUGUCAGUUAAAUCAUUCAAAUUAAAAUGUAAGCAAACGUCCGUAAAUUGCUAAUAUUGGCGGCAAAUUUCAAAUUACCGAAUCGGAAAUCAUCAGUCUAAUCAGGACCCCCACUACGCACGCAUUAAAUUUGCUGAGGCAAGAAACCUUACUGUUCUGUGGUCCUAUCUGUGGAUUUUAUUUAUCUCAGUUUAGCGACUUUAAGUGUAAUUCAGUGAUAAAGAUGGUUUAAAAAAAUUAAAUUGGUGUUUCGGGAAGCUCAAUAUUAGGGGCUUCACACUCGACCAAAAAAUUGUUAGGCAAGCGCUCCAAAAAGAUGUUUUCCCAAGGUUUAGCUUCCGCCCAAAAAUUUGCUUUGUACCUUUACAACAACAAUCACCUUGAUAAGAAUUUUUCUAUUGAGAAGGAACACGCUAAAAAGCUUUACAAUGAGAAAUUCAAAGGUGAAAAUAAAAUAAAAUUUGGCACCGUAUUUCAUUUCACCGUCAAUAUGCUUGUUUGGCAAAAAAAUCUCGAUGUUAUGUUUUAUAACAAAAAUAAAUUGCUAAAAUUGUUAAACAAAGAAGCACAAAUUGACACACGUCUGAAAAGUAAUAAUGUUAAGAAAAAAACAGUUGUUAGUCAAAAUCUUUCUUUCAACAAACAACAACCUGAAGAAAUUCUGUUGUCUCCACAAGAAUGCAAACUGUGUAAUGUGAAAUUUGAUAAACAGAACAAACUUGAGGACCACGUUAAUAAGAAGGAACACACCUUUUCCGAUUCGCUCAAAAAGGCUCUAAAAGAACGUAAAGAAGUACUGCUUGAGUUUGCCGUUGACGGUUCCCCAAUCUUGAACAACUUAAUCAUCCGUAAAAAUGUCUCAAAAACGUUCGUCUUAACAAUAAACAACCCAAGCAAAAACUCCGUAAAAAUUACAAAGAUUGGCACCAAAGACAACGUGGAACAAGUGAAUUUUAACCACUCGUGCCCUUACGACCUACCAGCUCUCCAAAAGAUACAACUGGAAUUAUUAAUUCGUAAUACAACAGUUACGAAUAUGUUGUAUUUUCCUAUUUUACUCACUGUCGAGACUGUCAGAGGAAUUCACCAGUACGCUAUCGAAUUGGUCUUUCAUACACACGACGAAUUUUUUGAUGACUUGCAUCCAGUUGAACCUUUCAAGCGCGCCACUAAACCCGUUUUCGAGGAGUUUGUCCAGGAAAUAGACAAAGGUGAACGACCAAAUAUUUUCCCGCAGAGAAAACUCAAAGUGUCCUUAAAUAAUUAUCGUUUGCCUUUUGAUAUUAUCGCUUGUUUAAAUGCGGGGUUGAAAGAAUUCCCCGGAAUGUCUUCUGCACAGCGCGGACAGUUACUUUAUUUGAAGAGUUUGCUCAAUGUUGAUAACAAACAAAAUUGCUUGACACCGCGAAAUUACACGAAAAUGUUAGACAUGCUUCUCUAUUUUGAAGAACACCAAAUGGUGAAAAACAUCAAGGAUUACGACCGAGAGGACCAGAUUUUGAAGAAAGCUGCAGGCGGCUUGUUUGAACUUGAGGUCCCCGGUCUUGCGGAGCAUCGCCCGUCUGUUGUUUUCGGCGACGCUGUUUAUAUCAGAGAGAACAAGAAAAGUACAACACUGUUUGAAGGAUUCGUGCACAAAGUUAAAGAAUCAAGCGUUUUAUUAAAAUUUUCCCACCGUUUUGCUACCGACAUUUUCGUAAACGGGAAAAAAUUCUACGUCAGUUUUACCUUCAACCGUUACCCGAUAAGGGUCGAGCAUCAGGCUGUCGAUUUUUGCCGCAUUGAUAACGUCGCCCAUUUGCUGUUUCCCUCCAAAAUCCCCAACUCGCCCAUUUCUAGCGCUCCUCUUGUUUGGUUUAAUCGGGACAUUGAGGGAAACCCCCACCAACAGCAAGCAGUGCGCGCUGUUUUACAAAAAACAGCAAUGCCCGCCCCUUACUUAAUUUUCGGACCGCCUGGAACCGGUAAAACCAUGACGGUGGUGGAAUCGGUGAAACAAAUUUAUAAAAAUGGCAACGAGAAAAUUUUGAUUUGCACUCCUUCAAACAACGCAGCGAAUGAAGUGACCAAGCGUUUGAUUAACACAAUUCCGGCCACUGAUCUCUUCCGAUACAUUGCUCCCAGUUUUCCUAACCACCUAAUACCCAAAGAAAUCAAAAAGUAUAUCAAUUUUCCGGGAGGUAACUACACCUUGCCCACGAUCGAACAAUUUACAAAGUAUCGAAUUGUGAUCACAACACUGACUUCAGCUGCGAAAUUAGUCAACGGGGGCUGUCCGGGGGACCAUUUCAGUUAUGUGUUUAUUGAUGAAAGUGGGCAAGCUACCGAAACUGAAAGUUUGGUGGCUAUAGCUGGAAUUUUGACGAGUCAGGCGAAACAGGGAGUUUUUUCGGGGCAAAUUGUUUUGGCGGGGGAUCCCAGACAACUUGGGCCAGUGAUUCACUCAACUUUAGCCAAAGAAUAUGGUUUCGGCACUUCCAUGUUGGAACGUUUGAUGGACACCUGUGUUUGUUACCAAAAAAAUGCUAACUCAAAGAAGUACAAUCCGAGCGCUUUGACCAAACUCGUGAAGAACUAUCGGUCCCAUAAAGUCAUUAUAGACCAACCGAAUAAGUUGUUUUAUGACGAUGAAUUAGAAUCGGCGGGUGAUAAUUUGAUAAAUGCGGCCUUGAACUGGGAGCAUUUGCCCAAUCGUCAAUUCCCGUUGAUUUUUCACAGCGUCGUGGGAAUAGACCAACGUGAGAAAACAUCACCCAGUUUUUUCAACAUUCAAGAAGUUCAAAUCGUUAUGGAUUACUUGAAUAAGUUGAUCGGUUGUAAAAUGCAAGGUAUUUCGAUCAACGAAGACCAUAUUGGGGUCGUAACACCGUACAAAAAACAAGCCGAGAAAAUAAGACACUCCUGUUUGAAGAAAAAAUAUAGCGAAAGUUUAAUGGUGGGGACUGUUGAACAGUUUCAGGGCCAAGAAAAACUGAUCAUUAUUAUAUCAACUGUCAGAUCCAAGUCGGACCUGAUCAAGUUUGAUCUUAAAUUCCACUUAGGGUUUUUGAACAAUCCAAAGCGUUUCAACGUUGCCAUAACUCGGGCCAAAGCUUUGUUAAUUAUCGUCGGAAACCCCAAUAUUUUGCAACACGACAAUUACUGGAGGAGCAUGAUUUCGUACUGCGAGAACAAUAAUGCUUUAAUUGGCGAUAAAUUUGUUUUUGAUAACUCGGGUGCCACAAAAAUGGAUGACUUAAUUCGUCAAGCACAAGUCAUGACAAUUACCGAUGGGCCAAGUCUUGAAGAACGUCCAAACUUUUCCAGAGGCAAUGUUUAAAAUUCCUGAUUUUUGUUAUUUUGAGGCAUGAAUUAUAAUUUUUAUUUGCUGGUCAUUAAAUAUAAAAAUGUAG